CUGCCACAAAUUUGGUCGAAUUCAAGGCCAUGGAAUGUUAUUUUUCCUUGUAAUAUCAAAUAAUCGCGUCUGUGUUUUCAGGAGGUUGGCAUACUUUUAAAGUGAUUACUUUGUAAAUAUUUUUGAAAUGAGUGUGAAUCCAAUACACAAGAGCUUUUAUUUUGAUGAAAAUCAAAAUUUUAUUUGUCGUUUGGCACAACAAAAUGUACAAUUUGCUUACACUAUAGGAAAUGUUAUCGCACAGAUCUGGCAACACCCCACUGAAGCCAAAUUUGCAAUAGAGCAUAGUUUUAAAAAAUAAAAGUUAUAUAUAGAAACUAAUAUAAUUAUAUGUGUAUAUACUGGACGCAAAGUAUAAGUAAAUAAAUAUAACGCUGGGGUGCGAAAACUAGUUCGAUGUUCUUUAGUGCUGUAUUAUCUAUAUCUUUCAUACACUGAAACGAAUUGUAACCGUUAAGCCAAAUAUUUGUUGGUCUCAUUAUAUUUUGAAAGAUUUUUCUCUUGGUCGCCUACAAAUUGUAAUUUCCAAACCAACGGAUGUUUUCCUCAAGUUCCGCCGGGCGUUUUCCUCAUGCGCCGGAACUGAGCAUGACAGCCGGGGCAACUAAGCCUCUGCAUUUACAUUUAGUCGCCUUAAAUAACUUAACCUAGAAAUCUACAAUGUUACGGUGUCAGCAUAUUCUGCUCGGCCUUGCGGUCACACUAUGCUGUGGCGCCAGCUUCGCACAGUAUUCAUCGAAUAUGUUCCUUAAUGGUGAAUAUCAGAAUGGCAUUAAAGCGAAUCCAAGUAAAUCAAACGCAAUAAGUCCGGCAACAAAUAUAUUUUUGGAGCAUGCAAUUAUAAGUCGGCAGGCAUCACCGUUUAAAGGACCCACCUAUUUACCACCUGAGGAAAUUCUGAAGUGUUCCGCCGGCAAACAAUGUGUUUUGCAGGGACAAUGUUUGGAUGGUUACUUUUCGAAUCCAUCUUUAAAGGCACAAAAUUGUAAGCCAACAACACACACUUGCUGCAUAUACCGCCCACCGCCGCCACCAACAACAACCGAACGUCCAUACGACGUUUGCGCAAAGGAUUACGACUGUGUGCCCACACGUUACUGCAAUAACGGUGAAAUCGAUUCGGCGGAUUAUAUUCAAAAGGGCAAGAGCGAUCGUUGUUAUUCUCCUGAUGUUUGCUGUCGCAUACCUUCCACCACACUGACCGAUGAUGGUUAUGUCCUGCGAACUCCAACAGUUAAAUUUACCAUUCCCACAACAAAUAGACCCGUUCAAUAUCCAACUACACAACAACAGUUCUCUUCACCACGUCUACCUGCAUCGACCCCACAACGUGAAUAUUUGCCACCAAGCACAUAUCCAACCACACCUAAACCCGUAACCCCACGCAAUGAAUAUCUACCACCUACACCAACUGUACCCCCGCGUCAAGUAUACACACAAUCUUCCUACAAACCAGUCCCCAUCCCAACUAGAGCUCCUCCAGCACUACAACCACAACCUCAACCACAGCCACAGCCACGUCCACAGCCGCAACCUCAGCCACCACAGCAGCCUCUACAGCCUCGUCCACAACCGCAACCUCAGCCACCACAGGUGCCUCUACAGCCUCGUCCUCAACCUCGUCCUCAACCUCAGCCACAACCACGUCCACAACCACAACCUGCUUCCAGACCACAAAAUGAAUACUUACCGCCACGCUCUGAAAACCUACCGGUCGACUAUCAUGUCACACAAUCAUCGAAUACCGUCAUCCAAACUGUGACCGCUGCCCCACCAAGAGUACCACAGCCAACGCCACCACAGCGCGGUGAAGACAUUCUCUCGCUACCACUUGACAACCGUCAACACUUGUCGAAAUGUGCCUCGGCUUUGGAAUGCACACAGGAGAACUUCUGCAACAGCAUCGGCGUGAUAACCGAUCAGCCAGUCGACAUUAGCCCUGCCGAAGCCGCUUUCCGUGUUCCUCUCACCGAUUGUUUGCUUGAUAACGGAGCACCAGGCAAAUGCUGUCGUGACGCCAACUAUGUUGAUCCAUGGCCCAUCAAUUUGGCCGGUGUAUGCGCAGCCAGAAAUAGGAACACCAAACCGCAAGGUAUUCAAGAUAUUGACGCCAACUUUGGUGAAAUUCCAUGGCAAGCAAUGAUCCUCAAGGAAUCGACCAAGACUCUACUUGGUGGGGGCGCAAUUAUUGGCGACCAAAUCGUCUUGACAGCAGCCUCCGUAGUUAAAGGUGUGUCGCCAAAUGAUGUGAAAGUUAAGGGCGGUGAAUGGGAGUUGGGGCGUGAUAGCGAGCCGCUACCCUUCCAAAUUGUCGGUGUUAAGUCCAUUGAUAUACACCCUGAAUACAAUCCUUCAACAGGCUCGAAUGACAUGGCCGUUUUACGUUUGGAUAAGAGAGUUGAAUUCGCUCAACACGUGAAGCCUAUUUGCGUUACUAAUGAAGAUCCCAAGCCCAAUGAGAAAUGUAUUACCACCGGUUGGGGUAAACAAGCGAUUAAAUCUCACGAGGAGGGCGCCGUCAUGCACGUUUCAGACACAAUAGCACAAUCGCGGGCAGAUUGCGGUGCCGACGAGACUAGCGUUUGCAGUUCCGUUGUACACGAUCCAUGUCUGUUUGAUAUCGGCAGCGCUUUAGCCUGCGGCAGCGGUUCCAGUGUUAUGCUCAAGGGUAUAUACGCCGCUGAGAAUGCCUGUGGAGAUGGUCAAACUGUACGCUUCUCGAAACCCGAUCUCAAAUGGGUUAACGGUUUCUUCACACUACAAAACAAAGACAAACUGCUCAAGAAGAGACGUGUGUAAAAAGUGCUUUAGGCGAAAAGACUUAAGAAAUAUUGAGUGACCUUAGUUUAGCAAAUAUCAAUCGACAUUAUACACCCAACAUCUAAACACGAGUAUCACAUUCCUACCACCACCACCACCACCACAACAACAACAAAUCAUACAUGCAUAUGUACAUGUGUGUUUGUGCGCCUAGAGCAUUUAACCUCUUGCUUUAAGCAUUAAAAAACAAAAAUCUCAAUAGUUUUAACCCGUUAAGUUCAAUUCAAAUUGGUGAAAUGUGUCAAAUUCGGCUCUUUAAAGAUUUUAAGUAAAUUUUAUUUCAUUGUUUUCGUUUUCCAUGCGUAAUUUCUCAUUGAUAUUUUUUUUAUAUUAAAUAUUACAUUAAAUCAAAAUUAAAUAAUUAUUCUAUCAUAACCUUAGUUUUAUGCCACUAUCGUGUAAUGAACUUAAGUGUAUAGGAAAAUUUACGAUAAUCGAAUAACUGCUAGAAUUUUCCGCGCAGGCAUUGAGUUCGGUACACUUUUUCGCUUUGUUUAAAUAAAAUAUAAUUUAGUAUUUAUGUACAUAACUAUUAUGUGCCUGAUUCAAUGAUUAAGCUCUCUUAUAAUCUUGUUUCAUCAUCGUUUUGCAUUUUAACGAUUUCCCCAAAUGCAAAACAAAAAACACAAAAAGCAAAUGACUCCUAUAUGAAUAAAAUAUUUAUAACUAAUAUUGUAUUGUAUGAGAUUAUGUAAAAUUUAUGUAAAAUAUGUAUAUGAUAAAUGUAUUUAAAUAUAUAAAACAUGUUAUAUAAUAAUAAAUAAUACGAACAGUGUUUUGUUGUUGGAAUGAGGGAUUAAAGUAAAGGGAGUUCACAUCGUUUUCUCAAUUGUUGGGUCAAAGUCACUGGAACCAACCGAUAUUUAUAUUCAGGCAAGAACUAUCAUCAGUUAUAGCAACAGCAAGCAAUAAAAUUUAAAUUGAAUGUUGCUGUUGUUGCAGUCAUUAUAUUUUUAUAAUGCCUAUCGCUCCACACUUUUUCAUCAAUCUAUGGGAGUUUAACCAUUAAGAAAAUGAGUCGUUGUCCCGCCCCCACUACAGUCCGGUCUACGUAACUGGAGCGUACCCGGAUUUUUAUCCGGCCAA